UAUAACAUUCUGUGGUGGCACUUUAGACUCACUUUUCCUGUCUCGCACACGAAGGCGCGUUUCCUUUUGUCAGAUCUUUUGGGAUCUAACCAUGUCGCUUGACCAGGACCUCUGUUACCUCUGCAAGGAAGAUCUCAGGGACCCUGUUUCCAUCCCAUGCGGUCACAUUUUCUGCUCUGUCUGUAUCAAGACCUACUGGGAUCAUGCAGACAACACUGGACAGUACCUGUGUCCCCAGUGCAGGGUCGCCUACAAUAAGAGGCCCAAUCCACGCCGCCUUCAGUCCUCACGCCAUUCAUCUUCAUCCCUCAGAAACUCUGACUCUCUCCCACCGGACCCUCCGGCCCCUGACUACAACUAUGCGGGACCCCAGGACGUGGGAUGUGACAUCUGCAUCGGGAAGAAGCUCAAAGCUGUCAAGUCUUGUCUGAUGUGUCUUGCUUCCUACUGCGAGAAGCACUUGAAGCCCCAUUACGAAUCAUCCACCUUCAAACGACACAAGUUGGUCGAUGAGAUCGGACACCUUGAUCGUCAGAUCUGCCCACAGCACCAGAAAGGUCUGGAGCUUUAUUGCCGGACGGACCAGAUGUGUAUCUGCGUGUUGUGUACGGUGAAAGAGCACAAGGGCCACGACAUGGUGUCCGCUGAACAGGAAAGGGCGGAAAUGCAGCAACGGUUGGGCGCCACCCAAGCUGAGAUCCAGGAAAAGAUUCAUGAUAGAGUGAAGCAAAUGGAAGAAUUAAAACAAGCUGUGGAUGCACUCAAGAGUUCAGCACAACGGGCUUUGCAGGAGAGUGAAAAGCUGUUUGGUGACAUGCUUCAUUCCAUUGAAAGAAUGCAACAGGAAAUGACCAAACUCAUCUCGACCAAUAAGAAGGCUGCACUUAACACUGCUGAAGGCCACAUGGAGCGUCUGGGCCAAGAAAUUACUGACCUGAAGAGAAGAGACAAUGAGCUGACACAACUCUCUCGCACUGAGGACCACAUUCAUUUCAUCCAGAGUUACCAUAUGCUGAUUGCCCAGACUGAUGCCGAGGAGCUGCCCUCUGUUACUGUGAACCCUUACUUCUCCUUUGGCGCUGUUACCAAAACCGUCUCUGAGAUGAAACAACAUCUAAAUGAGUUCAGCAAUGAAGAGCUGGUCAAGGUGGCAAAGACAGUGAACAAAAUGCCAUUCUGCCAGCUAGAGGACCGUAAGAAGAAAAGGUCUGCGAAGUCUGAUGAAAUUGACAUGUACAAGAGUCCCAGCAACACUCCCCGGACAAGGGACGAGUUCCUCCAGUAUGCCUGCCAGCUAACUCUGGACCCCAACACAGCAUAUAAACAGCUCUACCUCUCCAGAAACAAUAGGAAAGCAACACUAAAGAAAGACCCUCAGUCUUACAAUGACAGCAACCAGAGAUUUGACUGCCUGCCCCAGGUCUUGUGCAAAGAGCCGCUUUCAGGAGGUGCCUACUACUGGGAGGUGGAGUGGAGCGGAGAGGGAGCCUCCAUUGGUGUGGCUUUUAAAGGCAUCAAGAGAACAGGUUACGGAGACUCAGCUCGUAUUGGCUACAACCGCAAGUCCUGGAGUCUCUUCUGCUCUGACUCCAGCUACUCAGCUCGACACAACAAAGACCAGGUUGAGAUUAACGCACCCUACUCUUCCCGUAUCGGGGUGUUUCUGGACUGCGCAGGAGGCACUCUUUCGUUCUACACCGUGUCUGAGUCUAUGUCACUUAUUCAUCAGUUUAAAGCCUCUUUCAGUGAGCCAGUAUAUCCUGGCUUCUGGGUGUGGUAUGAGUCUGCUAUUACUAUUUGUCAGUUAUAAAUGGGGGAUAUGUGGGCAUUUCUACCAGCUUUUUAAAAAUGAGUUUAAAAUAUAUUUUUGUUUUUUGUUUUUAAUUGAAAGCCUGUACAAUGUGAAGCUGAUUACAGUUACAGUUUUGUUUAAACUGAAGGUUUUAAUCUAUAAUAUAAAGUAAUAUUUUAGUGUUUAUAUAAUUUUUUUUCUUUUACAAAUUUGCAAAAAAUAAAAAAGUUGCAAAUAAUUAUAAGAAAUAUUUAAAUAAGUUUUUAAUAUUGUGAAGCUGAUUUCUAAUAACUUUAAUGUCAUGUUGUGUCCAUCUGUGUGAUUAUCCUUUUAAUUAAUAUGAAGUUUAAUCAGGUAAGAAUCUUUUUACAGUCUUGAUUUAUGUGGGUAAUUUUAUCUGCAUUAAUAAUGACAUAAUAAAAGUCUCUUUCAAAA